AUGGGCAAUCAACUGUUCAACUCAUGUCAAUAUAACGAAGCAGUUCAAUGCUAUACACAUGCUAUCACCCAACAACCAAAUAUUUCUUCGUAUUAUUCAAACAGAGCGUUGUGUUAUAUUCAAAUGCAAGAUUAUUCAAAAGUUUUAUCUGAUUGCAGACAGCCUUUAAAACCAGUGUCAGACAUUUGUAUCAUGAAUAUUUCCUACAAAAGGCUGGUUUCCAUGGUGGACAAUGGAUCUGGACAGCAUGGUUCUCAAUUCUUCAUAACUUUGGGAGAUGAUCUUAGUUACCUGGAUGACACGCAUACAGUUUUCGGCUAUAUUGCUGAGGGAAUGGACUUCGUUGAAAGGAUAAAUGAGGUGUACUGUGAUAAAAAUGGUCGGCCGUUCCGAAAUGUCAGGAUACAUCAUACAAUUGUUCUUGAUGACCCAUUUGAUUCACCGAAAAUGAUUCGUUAUCCUGACUCUCCACCCUCAAUAAACGUCUCUACAUUUGACACUAGAUUAGAAGAGGAUGAAGAACUAGAUGAUACGGAAGGACUUUCACCUACACAAGUGGAGGAACUGAAGAUAGAGCAAGAAGUUAGAACUCAUACUCAGCUUCUUACAUUGAUAGGCGAUUUACCAGAUGCUAAUGUUAAACCUCCAAAUAAUGUACUUUUUGUGUGUAAACUAAAUCCGGUAACCACAAGCGAGGAUUUGGAGAUUAUCUUCAGUCGGUUUGGUGAAAUCAAAUCAUGUGAAGUAAUUAGAGAUAAACGUACUGGUGCUUCUCUUCAGUAUGCUUUCAUAGAAUAUGAGAAAGAAGCUGAUUGUGAAGAUGCCUAUUUCAAAAUGGACAAAGUCGUUAUUGAUGAUAGACGUAUCCAUGUGGAUUUCAGUCAGUCGGUUGCUCGUGAAUGGCAGUCUUACGGAAAAGAUAAGCUUGCACGUGUCCAACCUUCUUCUGAGUCAAAAAAAUCACGAGACAUAAAACAAGCUUGUUUACCUAGAUCACCAGAACGAAAUAGUAGGAGAAAUUACCCCCAGCAUUCUCAUAGCCAUGAAAAUAAGAAAAAGAAAUAUAGUCCUAUAAGACGCAGAUCUCCAUCUGUAUUAGGUGAGGAAUAUGAUUUGGUAAUUUCAGAUGAGUCUGAUUCCUCAUCAUUAUCGGUGAAUCCCCGGGGGAAAUCCAAAUGGAAAGAUCAUUUAGGGCCAAGCAAGUCAUUCAGAAAGCACCACAAAAAACACAAAGAGAGAAAAAGCAAACAUAAGAAACACCAUUCACGAUACUAA